GUCAUGGCCAAUCUGUUCAAUGAUGCCGGGGUUGCCGACGUUGAGGCCUUUGAAUGGAUUGUCGCUGACACAGCUCGGUCAGACUUCGGCACGGCGGUGCCAGAUGAGAUGAUCCAAGAUGGUGUGCUCCUUCGUGAUUCUGCUUUGGUCGAGAUUGAAGGCGAGGAGGUUUUCUGCUGCCGGGUUCCUGUAGCGAAUAAAGCGGCUUGGAUCCUGAGUAGGGAGGCCACGAAGGGAGACUCACGUCUUCUGGGAGAUUUUAGGGAUGGACAGGGCAAGCGUUAUUUGGAGUUCAGAGCAGGGGUGACAAAGAUGAUGAAUGCGAAGAUGGAUGAUUGGCCCUUAGCAGGCCCUCGUGCGGUUCUAGAGUUCCUCAAAGCAGUGCGUGAGGGGGCCAGCGACCUUGCCACUUACCAUCUAAACUGGUCUCAAUCCUCUGGAGUCUCCUUUUUUGGUUCAGCUGUACAUGAGCACAGAGUCCUCUGUGACAUUCUGCGUGUAGGCAUCUCGAUUGAUCAGGUUGAUCUUUCGAAUCUCCUUUGUGCUGAGUUGGCUGUGCGCCGUUUGAUCCAGAUAGAGAUGGCAGUGGCUAGAAAUCCAUCCUGUCCGGACUACUCAGGCUUGGAUCUGGUGAUGGAACAGCCGGUUGGCGCAUCGGGACAGGCGGUCACCAUGGACUUCACCAACUGGAUCUCUAGCAAGCUCAAGGAGAGAGCCAAUGUGCAGAAGCAAGCACGCCUUUAUCGUGAAGAGUUUGGCGGCAGACGAGGUCGCGGUUCUGGAGACAAGGGAGGUCACGAUGACAAAGGGCGUGGGCGUGGCAGAGGGCGUGGAAAACAAGGAAAAUCAUCGGCCGGCGACUCCUCAGGAGCCGGCCCUUCUACACGAGUGCUCAACGGCUGCCCCAAGCGAAUCUUAGUCGGCCCCGGUGCUCUUCGGGGUUUGCCCUCACGCGAGGCACGGACAGUGAAUGCGCUGAACCGCCUCGCGGGCUACAAAUUCGAAACACCUCUUCCGCAGCACGCUCAUCGUCCGCCUACCGCUGUGCAGGAGAAGCUUCUUGAACAUGUGCGCAGUGCUUUUGAAGAGGCGGGGCCGAUACCGGAGGGUAUGAGUGCAGAUAGUGCCCUACGUGAUCUGAUGAGUUCUAUCAACCUCUAUGAUGGGGAGCCUGGCCAUCUUGCAAGCUACGAUCCGGAGAAGUUAAAAAUACUUGGAUCCCGAAUUCAACCCCGACCUCUCCAUGAGCUGCUUCCACCUCAUGUGCUACCACUUUUCCAUAGGCGGCACGCUCACAUUGAGAGGUCACCCGAGGAGUUUGAGUCCUUCAAGAGAGAGAACCCUGGCCUUUGUCCUAAACAGCCUCACUGGGAUCCAAAGCUUCGUAAUGAUGCGGCGGCUCGGUUGGACUUUUUCAAAAGAUUAUAUAGGGCUGGGAUUCUUUCUUUCCGUAAACGAAUUCGCAGUAAAGUUGGGGUGUUCUUCGUGAAGAAGAAGGAUCCCGGAGCUAUCAGGAUGAUCAUCGACGCCCGUAUCACCAAUUGCCAUCAUCGGCGACCUCCUGUGACUCGACUGGGCAGCGCGGCAAACUACAUUGAUCUAGACCUCUCUGAGGAGCUCAUGGGCAACCAAAGGGAUCACAGGGCCAAUCUUGGGUGGGGAUCGGAGAUGGAUGUCUCGGAUUGUUUCUACCGUUUCGAGAUCAAAGAGAUGGCCUCGUGGUUCGGGAUUGAUUCUCCCAGCCGUGUGGGGUAUUGGAAUGACAACGGCUUCGGGCUACAGACUGUCUACGAUGAAGAUCUGACUAGGCAUGUGCCGGUGACGGAGUCUGACAUCCUUUACCCCGUCAUCGCGGUGAUGCCUAUGGGAUGGACCUGGGCACUCUUCUUCGCCAAUGAGUCGGUGGCCUCAAUCGUUAGGGAGUGCAGUCUGCAGGCUUCUCGAGAGAUGCGAGAGAAGCUGCCCGUGCCUCAACUAGAUGAUGUGUCAACUCUCACGUCUACCUAUGUGGACAAUGUUGCCAUUGUAGGACGGACAAAGGAAGAUGUUGCCCGGCGUGUGGCAGAAGUCGAUCGGGCUUUUGCGGAAAAGCGCAUUCCAAUCGUUUGGACCUAUGACGAGCCGGUUCGGGUACUGGAGACCGUUGGGUGCAUCGUGGACUUUGAGAGUAAGAUCCUGAAGAAUAAACCUCACCGGCUAUGGCGAGUCCAUUUGGCCGGAGUGGCUUUGACAAGGCGCUCCAAGGUCAGGACCCGCGUUGUGGAGGUGUGGCUUGGACAUGCGACCUCGGUGAUGCGUCUUUGCCCUGCCCUGCUGAGCGUCUUCGACAAGAUCUACCGGUUCGUGCGGAUCAGCGAUGAAAGGAGGAUCCCUCUUUGGCCCGCUGUACGAUCCGAGAUUACAAUGGCGUGCAAUCUGGUAUGGCUGUGUAGGGCCGAUCUUGGGUCUGCAUUUGUGAAGCAGGUUGACAUGGGAGACUCUGCCAAUCACGGGUAUGCUAUGAUGACGGCGCAGGCCAGUGCUCAGCAGUUGAGGGAGGCUUGUCGUUUCAGAGAAAAAUGGCGUUACAUGGCAAUGCCCGACUCUGUCAAGGAGAUCGUGCGAUCGCAUGGCGCGGCCAGUGGCAACAAGGCGAUUUACGAGUUUGGUCACUUGGAGAGUGCGCUUCGGAGCCCCAAUCCAGCUCGAACCUGUGACGGGCUUGGUCUUGAGACAAACUACGCGAGCUGGCUUCAAGAUGCUCUUCGUGAGGGUUCAUGGUUAAAGACGAGCUCGAUAAUUUCCCAGUUUUGGGCAAGAAAAACCAUGCGGGAAGAUGUUGAGUGUCCGGCAUUGGUCCCACCGCUGGAUCCCAUGCUUGUGGAUAAAGAUAAUUUCUCUUUGCUUUGGGCAAAACGCUGGAAGCGGACAUCAGAGCAUAUAGGAAUGAAAGAGGACUCAAUCGCCUAUGUCGAGUUGCAGGUGCGUUACAGGCCGGCUUGGGCAUCCGAUGGAGGCCGACAUGACAUGUUCAAUGCAUACUUCCCCUUCUAUGCCUUCUACAUCUUCCACAAGCCAUCGGGCUACUCCUAA